AUCGGGGCCGAUGGGAGGAGGGUCUGCCGAGGAUUUCUAAAGCUGAUUCCAUUUCCGAAGGUAAACUGAAAAGGUAAGCUAUCAGCGGGUCGGGCACGGCACGCCCCUCAGCGGGUGGAACAAAUAGCGGGCCGUUUCGUCCAGCACCUUGUCUGCUUCACCCAUCUGUCAUUUUUGGAAGAUCUUCAGGAUAUCAUUAAGUUGGUGUUUAGAGGAAUGAGCGAAGGAAGAGAUCUGGGUCAUUCUGUCUGUGAGGCAUUAUUAGUGCUGGACACAGUGGCACGUGAGUUGUGAAGGUGCUGCUGUGAAUCCAACAUGGAAGGAAAGAAAGAGGGAGGAGGAGGGGGAGCUUGGUCCUCUCCAGGAGCCUCCUCUGCCCCCAGCUCUGCCUUCUGCAGGAGCAUGUUCCUGGCCUUCUUCAUCUUCUUCCUUGUUAUUGGUGUCUUUAUAGGUCUGGUUAUUGCCUAUUUGGUGCAGGAACAGCAUUAUUUCAUGGAGACACUGGAGCUGAAAGGUCUGAAAUAUGAUCCGGCUCUGCAGGAUGAGAAUUCUGGUUUCUCCAUCGUACUGUCAUCAGUUUUAAAGUCCAAGAUUAAAAAUGUCUUCAGUGCCUCAUCAGUAUCACAUCACUUUGUUGAAUGCAGUAUUGUUGCCUAUGGUAACAUUAACGGGGACGUGAUGGCAACGUUCAGACUGGUAUUCAGAGUUUCUAAGGUCCAGCAGUAUUCAGAUCAUUUCGUUCAGGACCUGUUGAGAGCCGGACUCAGCUCAGCAAUGCACGGGAAGCCACUGGAGGUGCCAGAGUUUGGAGGAAUCAGCACUAUCAUCUUACUGGGAGCCAGUGGGAAAUCGUUUUAUACAAUUGGAGAUGAUAUGACUGCCAGGUGUCCUCACAACACAUUCACCUGCGACAAUGGAGAAUGUGUCACCAAAGUGAACCCAGAGUGUGACUUCAUCCCUGAUUGUGCAGACGGAUCUGAUGAAGCUCGUUGCGCCUGUGGGACUCGUCCUGUGAUGGGGAGUCGUGUGGUGGGUGGUGAGGAUGCUCGGCACGGGGAGUUGCCUUGGCAGGUCAGUCUGAGGUUCCAUGGACGGCACACAUGUGGAGCCUCUAUCAUCAGCAAGCGCUGGCUGGUCAGUGCAGCACACUGCUUUGAGAGGGAAAAUGACCCCAGUCAGUGGACAGCCCUGGUGGGAGCCAGACUUGUGAGCGGCGAGGAGUCUGAGUCCAAAACCAUCAACAUCAAGUCAGUGGUUGUGUCUUCACACUACAACCCCAUGACCACCAACAAUGAUGUUGCAGUGCUGGAGCUGGAGACCCCUCUCACCUUCAGCUCGUACAUCCAACCCGUCUGUCUACCUGCCACGUCUCACAUGUUCACCCCUGGACAGAGCUGUGUGGUGUCAGGGUGGGGCGCCCUGCACCAGUUUAACCCUGCUGUGCCUCCCACGCUGCAGAAAGCUGUCGUGAAGAUCAUCGACUCCAAGGCGUGCAACAAAACUUCUGUGUACAGGGGAGCAGUUACGAGCAACAUGAUGUGUGCUGGAUUCCUUCAGGGCAAGGUGGACUCGUGUCAGGGUGACUCUGGAGGGCCUCUGGUCUGUGAGGGGGCCCCAGGGAGGUUCUUUCUUGCUGGGGUUGUGAGUUGGGGCAUAGGUUGCGCCCAGAUCAACAGGCCUGGCGUUUAUUCCCGCGUCACCAGGCUCCGCAACUGGAUUCUAAGUCACACGGAUCCCAGCCUGGUCCAAGAUUACUCUGAGGAUGUUCCCACUACGCCAGCUCCUGUUACAGGAGGAAGCCUCAAUGAGCUGCCCACACCCAGACCCACAGCCAUGGAUAUGUCACCUGCACCAGUGCUACCCGUCUCUAACUGCAGUGGAAACUUCCAGUGUAGCGCUUCUGCCUGUAUCAGCAAGGUCAACCCUGAGUGUGACGGAGUCCCAGACUGCCCCAAUCAGGCCGACGAAAGGAACUGUGACUGUGGUGUGCGUCCUGCGCUGGGCGUGCACAAGAUUGUGGGUGGAGUCACAGCUCGAAGGGGGGAGUGGCCUUGGAUUGGCAGUCUGCAGUACCAGAGACUUCACCGCUGUGGCGCCACGCUCAUUCACAGCAAGUGGCUACUCACAGCAGCACACUGCUUCAAAAGCAACCUAAGUCCAACUGACUGGACAGUGAGUCUGGGAUCUGUGCUGCGUUCAGGUGUAGGUGCCCUGGUUAUCCCCAUCCAGAGGAUAAUCAUCCACCCAGCCUUCAAUGGCACCAACAUGGACCACGAUGUGGCUCUGCUGGAGCUGACAGUACCAGCCCCGAUGUCCUACACCAUCCAGUCUGUGUGCCUACCUUCACCGAUACAUAGCUUCCUCAAGGACGCAGAGUGCUACAUCACAGGCUGGGGGUCCAUGAGGGAAGGAGGUUCCUUGACCAACCUGCUGCAGAAAGCUGCAGUGAGCAUCAUUGAGCAGGCAGACUGUCAGCUCUCAUAUGGAGCCGUGCUGACACCAAACAUGAUGUGUGCUGGACACAUGAAGGGAGGCAGAGACACCUGUUUGGGAGACUCUGGAGGGCCACUGACUUGUCGUCAGCCGUCUGGACAUUGGUUUAUUGCUGGAGUGACUAGCUGGGGACAUGGAUGUGGGCGAACAGGGUUUCCGGGCGUUUACACUCGAGUAACGUCUGUCAGGAAAUGGAUAUCUACAUACCUGCCUUUUUAAAGAGACAGAGGAACUGACUCUUAAAAAUAAGACCACCUCCAUUUUCAGCACAGUGGAUUUCCCUGAUGCAUCUCAUCCAGAGAAUUAACUGUAUGAGGACACAAGUCCUUUAUAAAGCCACAUUCACACACACACAGAGGUGCUAUUUCUAAGACUGUGCAAUUAUCUGAACUGGAACCCUCUUUUAUAGAAACAGAACAAUACAGUUUGAGGACUUCAAGGUAUUUAUUUCAAUUAUUUAUUUUUUCUGUCAGGCAGACCUGCUCAUGGUGAUGUGUUUUUUCUAUUUUGAGUGGGGCUAAGAAUAUAUUAUGGGUAUGUUUUUUUGUCUUUGUUCUAUGCUUUCAUAGCAAAUAAGACAAAGAUAAAAUGUUUGGCUCUCUUGGAAAAAUAUGGUUCUUUACAAAAAAAAAAAAGGAUCCAUGAACGGGGUCUUAAGGAGUCCACCUGUAGACUUGCGUAACAUAAGGUCCACUCAUGGUGAUGUUUCAAUAAUAUUCACUUAAAUGAAGAAAUUGCAACUCUGAUUGGCAAGAUUUAUUGAUUGUUUUUAUUAAAAUCCACACACAAUCACCUUGCAGAUAAUGUUCACCGAGUUUCCUGGCUUUCACUUGGCUUCACAAACUCCCAGGUGGUUCCCUGAUAUCCGACAACCCAUGCACACAAAGCUGAGAAUGGCUCAGUCCCCCCUGUACAGCAAGCAGACCCCGCUGAAACAAGCCCACUACUGUGAAAGGCUGCAGAUAGAGUGACAACCAGAAAACAGGUCAAACAAAACAUUUUUGUUCUCCAGGCGUACUUCAACAUAGGACUGUUUGUAGGCCUGUGAAUGUCAGGUUGUGAAAACACUUGAGUUUCUGCUCAAGUCUUCAUGGUGAUUUUGAGUAGGCCUUUUAGAGUGAAGGUGUGUUAAGAGAGCCUGUUUUGUCCCUGAAGGGCUCCAGUUUUGCUGCAUAUCUUCUUUGCACAAAUAUUUAGUCUCUCUGAGGGUAAAUGCAGUGAAAAGAAGGGGGCUAAAAUGGGCUCACUGCAGACAGUUUGAGGAGCAACUGUAGUGACAGAGAGAGAGACUGUAUUCUUAUUUGUAAAUAUUGUUUUGAGUUCAUAUGUGGUGCUUGUGCAGGCUUCUAAACUAAAGACAUGAGCAACCUAAGUUUCUUAGUUUAAGGAGAGAAGGGGAAGGUUUCUACAAAAGCAAUACUACAGUAAACACGUGCUGUUAAAUAAUGUAUCAGUGUUGUAUACUGCUACACUGCAGAUUUUCCUGUACAGGGGCCUGGCACAUAUCCCAGCAUGCACUGCACAAAAUGUAGGAAACAUUCCAGCCAGGUUGCUAAUCAUCACAGGGUCAGGCACAUUCAAACACAUUCACACAAACAAAACUUAAAUUCAGAACUUCAGUUUGGACAGCUAUACAUCUAUGAACAUGAAGCUCCAAAUAGCACAUUUCAUAUUACAAAGCAUGUUUACUUGUUGAGCAAGAGAAUAAUUAUCAACAGAAAAAACACGGUUCAUGGGAUUGAAAGGAAAAUGUCCAAAGAAGAGUUUGUUAUGUCUGGUGUCCACAGGACCUGCACGCUUGCCUGUCUGUGAGUGAGGUAUUAUGAUAGAAGUUGAUGGUGUGCUGAGCCAUAACACCUGUGCACAGCUACUUGCCCUCUGGUGGUAAACUGUGCUUCUCCUCAACAUCAGUCUGAGGAAGGCUUCAAAGAGAGGAAUAUUACAUGCGAGCUCUUUCUCUCUGUAAUCUAGAGUUGUAUGUUCGUGACACGAUGUUCCAGGAAUCCAUGUACCGGUCCAUACACAUGGCGAGACAUUUCUGUGAGGAUGAAAGCAACAAUACAUAUACAUGAUGUGAAUAAUAAAAAUAUCUGAA